AUGAAGUUGAAGAUGAGGUUGAGGUUGAAGUUGAAGUUGCGGCUGAAAGGUGUGGGAAAACCUGGGUUGGGAAGGUGGGAUCCCAAUGGGACCAGGAAUGGGACGGUGGAUGGAGGAUGUACCGGUACCUGGGGUAGGGCAGGGCGUGGGCGGGAGUCGGUCUCCUUGCCUACCAUUGCCAAACAGCGGGCAGGGCUUCAAGGCUGGUUCAACCCACCUGGGCCUGUUUCAAAAAGUAUGAAUAUGUCAAUGAGGAAAAUGACAGAAAAUAAUCUAUAUAACAUAGUGGGAUGA